AUGCGCAUAGAUUGUGUGAUCACGCUGCAUGAAGUUUACGUGAUCAUGCAGCGCAUGGAUUAUGUAGGACGUCAGAGAUUUCAUCUUCUUGACCAGUUUUCCCUUAACCACCUUUACUUCCGCUGUGUCACCGUGGGCAAUGAGAAUGGCAAAGAUGAGGGCCGAUCUACCCCAGGGCAGAAGAAUCACCUCCAAAUAACUACCACGAGCGUGAAAAUGCUCCCAGAGUCCUUGCUGGACCGACAUCUAAUUAUGGUGGGAAAAUUGACUGAUGUGGAAAAUUCUGGAAAUGAGGAGAAACAGACUAAAGCCUCAGACAACAGUCACAUAAAGAGAGAAGUGAGUGCUGUAGGAGCAACUCUGAUCUACCUCAUGAGUCCACGGUUUUUGAUUUAUGUAAGCUGUGCCUUGUCAAUAUGGGGAGAUGGAAUGUGGCACUUUGCUAUGUCUGUGUUCCUGAUAGAGCUCUAUGGAUACAAUCUUCUCCUUACUGCCGUGUUUGGCUUAGUGGUGGCUGGCUCUGUGUUAAUAUUUGGGGUUUUAAUUGGUGACUGGAUCGACAGGAAACCAAGAAAUAAAGUUGCUCACGCCUCGCUCUUCAUUCAGAAUGCUUCUGUCACUGCCUGCUGUGUGGUCCUGAUGCUGGUGUUCUCCUACAGGAGGGAGAUGGAACAACUCUGGCAUGGCUGGCUCACUGUGGUCUGCUAUGCCGUGGUGAUUAUCCUAGCGGCUGUGGCUAACCUGGCUGGCACUGCACUUACUAUCACCAUUCAGAGGGACUGGAUUGUGAGCCUCACGGGGGACAACAGAGGCCAGCUGGCUGGGAUGAACGCAGCAGUGCGGCGGCUGGACCAGGUCAUCAGUAUAUUUGCGCCCCUGUCCGUGGGCCAGGUGAUGACAUGGGCAUCUCAUGUGAUUGGUUGUGGUUUCAUUCUUGGAUGGAACUUGGUUUCACUUCUUGUAGAGUUUCUAUUUCUGUCCAGGGUUUAUCAACUAGUUCCCCAGUUGGCUGUAAAACCCCAGCAGCACACUGCGGGGUGCGUCCUAGAGAGGCAGCAGGAAGCAGUGCACAUCCAAGGCGAAAUGGAGUUUUGGGAAACCACGAAUAGAUUCAUCAACACAUCUAGAACUCUGGAAAAACCGAAGGACCACAAUUCUAGCCUUGAAGAGCAACCAGCCACAACCAAAGGGCUUCUUCACUGCCUGCAAGACACCCGUAGGCUGCUGCACACAUGCCGGGGGGGAUGGGAAAUGUACUGCCGACAGAACGUCUUCCUGGCUGGCUUAGGUUUGGCUUUCCUUUACAUGACAGUUCUGGGCUUUGACUGCAUUACCACAGGCUAUGCCUACACCCAGGGCCUUGGAGGUUCCCUCCUCAGCAUCCUCACAGCCCUUUCCGCUGUGUCUGGCCUCAUGGGGACAAUUCUCUUUACCUGGCUCCGGAAGCAUUAUGGCUUGGUCACCACAGGGAUCAUUUCCAGUUGGCUCCAUUUAGGUAGCCUAACACUCUGUGUGUUUUCUGUCUUUGCUCCUGGAAGUCCUUUUGAUAUGGCUACCUUCUCCCUCCCAUUAAGCAAGAAUUCCUCUUCAAAUCCUGAGAUGCUAAAAGAUGACCAGGCACACGUUUACCCCUUUGGAAGAAACCUAAAUCAACCCAUCUUCCCCGACCGCUCUCCUAUCCACUGGACCAAUAGUACAGUCUUGUUUGAUGGCCAGCAGGACCCUGAGCAGCCUGACUCUUACAUCUCUAUCACCUUGCUCUUCUCAGGUGUGAUCCUGGCAAGAAUCGGCCUCUGGUCCUUUGACCUCACUGUGACUCAGCUUCUCCAGGAGAACAUUUCAGAAGCGGAGCGAGGGGCUGUGAACGGUGUGCAGUGCUCUCUGAACUACCUCAUGGAUCUAAUUCACUUUGUCCUGGUCAUGCUGGCCCCGAGGCCACAGCAGUUUGGCAUGUUGGUUUUCCUCUCCAUGCUCUUUGUGACCACUGGGCACGUGCUCUACUUCUUUUAUGCAAGAAAGAGUAAGACUAAGAAGGCCCAUGUGAUCAAGACAUCUGGGAAAGGUUCAUGGACACCCCCCACAUGA